AUGUCUAGCGUAAAGACGGCCGGCCCCGAGGGCAACACCCUCUUCACCCGGGACCACCUCUUCAACCUCACCGGCAAAGUCGCCCUCGUCACCGGCGGCGGCACCGGCAUCGGUCUCAUGGCCACCCAGGCCCUCGCCGCCAACGGCGCAAAGGUCUACAUCACCUCCCGCAACCGCGACAAGCUCACCAACACGGUCGAGACCUACGGCAAGAACGUCCCCGGCGAGAUCAUCCCCAUCCAGGCCGACGUCACCAACAAGGACGACAUCCGCAAGCUCGUCGACGAGAUCUCGGCCCGCGAGAAGUGCCUCUGCAUCCUCGUCAACAACGCCGGCGUCUCGUCGUCCCCCGUCGAGGUCGAGUCCGACGACGCCCACGACAUGAAGAAGUCCCUCUUCGACGGCGAGAAGGCCGACUUCGCCGACUGGACCGACGUCUACAAGACCAACGUCGCCGCCGUCUACUACGUCGCCGCCUCCUUCCUCCCCCUCCUCCAGAAGAGCACCGACCUGCACGACGGCUGGUCCUCCACCAUCAUCAACAUCAGCAGCAUCAGCGGCAUGAUCAAGAAGUCCCAGCACCACUUCUCCUACAACGCCUCCAAGGCCGCCGCCAUCCACGUCAACCGCAUGCUCGCCGAGGAGAUCGCCAGCAACGGCGUCAAGAUCCGCGUCAACAGCAUCGCCCCCGGCGUCUUCCCGAGCGAGAUGACCACCAAGGAGUCCUCGGACGACGCGCAGAAGAGCGAGCUGCCGAAGGAGAAGUACGCAAAGAUCCCCGCCGAACGGCCCGGUAAGGAUGAGGAUAUGGCGGCCACCGUGCUGUUCUUCGCGUGUAAUCAGUACUUGAACGGGCAGACUGUUGCCGUUGAUGGAGGGUACACGCUCCAUGCUGGAUUGUAG